AUGCCCGGAAGGCAUAUAGCAAACGGGGCUAACCCCAAGGACUCCCUAUCCGCGUUUGUAUUCGAUGUCGACGGCGUGUUUAUUAGGGGCGAGAAGGUGAUCCCAGGAGCUCGCGAAACUAUUCGGCUGCUGCAGAGACGCAACGACCCUUUCAUCUUCCUAACGAAUGGCGGCGGACACACGGAGCAAACACGAGUUGAGAAGCUGGGUCAGCGGCUGGGUCUCACCCUCGACGCGAAACAGUUCGUACAGUCGCAUACCCCUUACUACGACCUCGUGUCCGAGUAUGGCGACAAGACAGUUCUAGUCCUUGGGGCCCAUGGAGAUCAGAUUCGAGAUCUAGCCCAUAAAUACGGCUUCAAAAAGGUGCUCACGUCAUCUGAUAUCAUGGCCGAGCGUCCACUCAUCCACCCGUUCCCGGAAAUGACUAAGGCUCACCACGAAAAGUACGGGCGCAAUAACAACGUACUGGACACCACGCCGAUAUCAGCCAUCAUGUUCUGGUCUUCGUCGCGUGACUUGGGCCUAGACUUACAGAUCAUCACCGAUCUUCUGCUAUCGGCCGGCGGCUUUAUCGGCACGAAAUCGCCCAAGAACGGCGAUCCUUCUCUGCCUAACAACGGGUACCAGCAGGACAACCAGCCCAAGCUAUUCUUCUGCAACCCGGAUUUCCUAUGGAGCACCGAGUACCACGAGCCCCGGCUCGCGCAAGGCGCGGCGCUGGCGGCGCUCAAGGGCAUCUGGGCGGAGAUGACGGGCGGAGCAGGCGAGCUGCUGUACACAAGCAUCGGCAAGCCGACGGAGACCACGUACGUCUACGCGGAGAAGGUGCUGCGAGAGUACGCCAAGAAGUUGAAUCCCUCCCGCGAGAUCGGCACGGUAUACAUGAUCGGCGAUAACCCGCGGAGCGAUAUCGCCGGCGCGAAGAACUUCGAGUCCCGGUGCGGAUAUAAGUGGAAGAGCGUGCUUGUUGAGACGGGCGUCCAUGUUCCUGGCUCGGUGCCUGCGCAUCAGCCCGAUCACACGGCGGCGAAUGUUAAGGAAGCGGUGGAGUGGGCGCUGAGGAAGGAGAAGCUUGCUAAUGGGGCUGAGUGAGGGCUAUCGGCACGGCAUUUCAGGACGGUGGUCUGGAGUUAUUACCGGAGUUACGGUCCUACAUAGGCAUGCAUUUGGGGUUUCUU